ACCAAGCUUAGAUCAGGAGCGAUAACGCUUGUCGAAGUCUAUUUCAAAGAGACCUUCAAACUGAUAUCAUCAGACACGUUUGCGAUCUGUAAGGACCACAUCUCUUUUCGCUAGUUUAAGCUGAACAAUAUUCAAAGAUGGAAGAUCGGCCACAGACGGAGGAUUAUGCUAAGUUUGAUCCCGAAUGGUACCUUGACAACUAUAUAGGGACUGAAGAGGCCUCCAUCAAUAUGAGGCUUGAUCUCAAUAUCUACCACCGAUUCUUCAGCCAAAAUCCAAUUCGUGGUAAGCGUCUCCUUGAUGUUGGUACUGGCCCAUCCAUUCACACUGUAAUCUCGGCUAGUAAUCACGUAGACGAGAUCUUCCUAUCUGACUACACAUCUCAGAACCGUCAAUACCUAGAGAAAUGGCGAAGUGGGAAGAUAGAUCAUCCGAAAAUGAUGAUUGACUACGUCAGCAGUCUGGAUGGUCGCACGGUGACUGCUGAAGAAAGAGAAAAGGAGAUAAGACAAAAGGUCAAAGGCAUUGUACCUAUAGACGUGACGUCACAGCAACCUCUCGGAAGUGACUAUGACGGAGCACCUUUUGACAUCAUAGUUACAAGCUAUUGUUUCGAGGCGGCAGUAAGUAAUGUUGCAGAAUAUAAAAGCUGUAUCGAGAAUGUUUCCACACUUCUGAAGAAGGGUGGGUACCUCGUCCUCGCGGCUUGUUUGGAGGGAGGACUUUACCAAGUUGGAGAGUACAAUUACCGUACGAUAAAUAUCUCCAGGAAGCAAAUAGAUUCUGCAAUGGCCGAAACAGGAUACAAAACCAUAGCUGCCGAGGAAAUUCAAGGAACUGCAGUUGAUGCACAGCUUCAAGACUUCAGCUCAUAUUAUUUUAUUGUUGGAUCAAAGUGUUAGUUAAUUCAUUCAUUGUAGGUUAUCAAAAAAAUAUGAUAAUAUAGAAUAAUAUACAUUUUUAAUCUGGUAAUUGAAGUGCUAAUAGCAAAUUUCUUGUCAAUUCAAAACUCGAUAGCAAUGAUUAUAGUUAAAUAAGAGUUAACAUGUGUUAUUAAGGGAAAUUAUUAUGGCGAGUGUCCUGACUGUAACAACUGAUACUAUUAAAACGAUAAAUCUUCAA